CGAGCAGCACGGAGGCUAGAAAAUCGCUUUGGAAAUGAUCGCGUCUAUAUUUUCUACUGACGCGUUCGGCUGCUCGGGGCCGAGACACACACACACCGCUUCCGCAGCGGUCAGCAAAAUCGCUUGUAUCAUAUAACUGACGCAGAAGUGACUUCCGAUCCGUUCUUUUUUUUUUUUAUUUUUUGCAACGAUGGCUUGAGCUCUCUCUCUCUCUCUCUCUCUCUCUCUCUCUCUCUCUCUCCAUCAUCAAGAAGCCUGAAGCGCUCUUGAGAAUACAUACGCGCACUUUCUCCAUCCCGGACUAAUGCACGCUUGGCUCUCAUCACAGCUCUUAAUAAUCCGGUUAGUGUUGUGAUCCAGAUCUGAAUGUCCACCGUAUCCGGAGCAAUGGCAGGGAAAGAGGAGCAGCUUUACGCCAAAGUGACUCCACGCAGACAGCGACAGAACCGCGCAGGAACCCUGAAACACGGAUCCUGCCUGGACGUGCUGCUCAGCAUGGGCUUCCCCAAGACCCGGGCGCUGAAAGCACUGGUUUCGACUGGUGGCAGAAAUGUACAAGCGGCCUGUGACUGGUUAUUCUCUCAUGUGGAUGACCCGUUUCUUGAUGACCCCUUGCCAAGGGAGUUUGUGUUGUACCUUCGCCCGAGCGGGCCGCUGCUCCAUCAGCUUACACAGUUCUGGCAGCAGAGUCGCGCCAUGUGUGGCAAGAACAAAGCUCAUAACAUCUUCCCCCACAUCACGCUCUGCCAGUUCUUCAUGUGUACAGACGCUAAGGCCGAGGCACUGUGUGAGGCAUUGCAGACUGUCGUGGGACAGUGGCGAGGCCGUUUCCCUUCCCCCCUCCCACUGGAGCUCUACAUCUCCUCUAACUUCAUUGGCCUCUUUGUUGAGGAGAAAGUAGCUGAAGUGCUCAAGGGCUUCGCGGCUGAUUUUGCCUCUGAGGCUACGGCCAAAGCAGACGUCCAUGUGGAGCCACAUAAAAAGCAGCUUCAUGUAACUCUGGCCUACCAUUUCCCAACCAAUCACCUAAGCUCAUUGGAAAAGCUGGCUAGAGGAGUGGACGUGUCACUGGGUUGCGAUUGGCUCGCUGUCCUGUUCUCACGAGACAUCCGAUUCGCUAAUCACGAGACGUUGCGGGUGAUGUAUCCAUACACUCCGCAGAAUGAGGAUGAGCUAGAACUGGUGCCAGGAGACUUCAUCUUCAUGUCUCCAGUGGAGCAGGGUAGUGCCAGUGAAGGAUGGGUUUAUGGCACAUCAAUGGGCACGGGGCUUUCUGGCCUGCUGCCGGAGAACUAUGUCAACCGAGCAGACGAGUGCGACACAUGGGUCCUUCAUGGGUCCCAUUCCUUCCUCAACUGCACCUCGCCAACUGUAAGCAGUGGUGCAGUAGGCGGGCCUUUUUUUGAUGGACAGCUGGACGGACGUCUCCUAGAUGACCACAGCUUAAUGGAACAACAUCCUCUGAGUGUUGUUUGUCAUCCGAUGCAGAUGCUGCGGACCAAUAGUCAGUCUCGACUGCCCAAAAGAACACUGUUUGUGUGUCGCCAUGGUGAGAGGAUGGAUGUGGUGUUUGGAAAACACUGGAUUACCCAGUGCUUCGAUGCCAAAGGUCGUUAUAUCCGAUCCAACCUCAAUAUGCCGAGUAGUCUUCCAGUGCGGAGUGGAGGGUACAGGGAGUAUGAUAAGGACUGUCCUAUCACUGUGUUUGGAUCCACACAGGCUCGAUUAGUAGGAGAAGCCCUGUUUGAGAGUCACACAGUGAUUGACUUUGUGUACUGCUCACCCUCCCUGCGAUGUGUUCAGACAGCCCAUAAUAUCCUCCGAGGGCUUCAGCAGGAUGGGAAGACUAAAAUACGAGUCGAACCUGGACUCUUUGAGUGGACCAAAUGGGUUUCGGGUUCGUCCUUACCCGCCUGGAUUCCGCCCACUGACCUGGCAGCUGCUAACUUUAGUGUGGACACAACCUACAGACCUCAUAUUCCCAUCAACAAGCUGACUGUGUCCGAGUCGUACGACACGUACAUCACUCGCAGUUUCCAAGUGACACGGGAAAUCUUAGCUGAGUGUAAAGCCCUGGGAAACACAGUGCUGAUAGUGGCCCACGCGUCGUCUUUAGAGGCCUGUACACGCCAGAUGCAGGGCCUCAGCCCACAGAACGCCAAAGACUUUGUGCAAGUGGUCCGAAAGAUUCCUUACUUAGGUUUCUGUGCCUGUGAAGAGAUGGGCGAGACGGGGGUGUGGCAACUCGUGGACCCGCCCAUCCUGCCCCUGACUCAUGGGCCCAAUCACAGCUUCAACUGGAGGGAAACUCUGCUGCAGGACUGACAGGCUCUGCCUUCUUUCGACUAGCCCGCCUUUUAGCUCUUCUUGCCAAAGGCAGCUGAGAAACACGCUGUCACUCACUCUCUUCUUCCACUCUGUGGCGCUCAUGCACCAUUAGAUCUUACACAGAGCAAACCCAGGCUUCCAUACAGCCAUCUCUCUGCUGCACUAGUCCAUUCUGAUCCUGUACGUCUCUGUGUGUUGCAGCAACAAUGUCUGUCCAUAACAAUGCUCAUAAAUAUAUGUCGUGCCCUUAUUACAGGGCAUGUUUACCGCUUGACUCUCAUGGACUAGCGUGAAACUAGUUCAACGCUGCCCCAUGCCACAUAGAGUAGCUGAUGACUUCCACGGGUUUCUCAUCUCGGCAAGAGUUUCACGCCAGCUGCAUCGACAGUACAUCAAAACCGACGCUUCCAAGAUGGCCGCCCUCCUAAACAGUACAAAACUGAUGCAGCGAAGGGAACAUGGCCGCCACCAGACACACUGUGAGGAAAAGCAGACAUGUUCAGCGUUUUGCACCAAGCUUCCAGGCUACUUUUCAGAUAUCUCGUCAAGCACAAGAGACGAAACUCAAGCAUGACAAUCAGAAAGGAGAAGGACCGCAGCUGACACGUCAUCUCAGACACUGAGUUCGCCUCAGGAUGAAGUUGGUAUAGGGCUUAUUUUAGCGGUUCGACACUUUUGCAUGCAAAAUAUACACCAGGGGUAAAUAAACCAGGGGGUCUCAAACUUUCAGCCGGGGUCCCCUUUAACUAUAAAAAUGAAUUCCGCGCCUCUAGUGUGUUUUAAUCCAACUCUUCAAAUAAGAUUCAUUAUUUAAAAAUACGCACAAUAUUUUGGCUAUUUACUGCAGCCUUUCUAUGGUGCUUUCUAUUUCUGAGACUGACUUGUUUUUGACUUAUCGAUGUUUGGACUAAACCCAUUCGAUUCAAAUGACCAGUCGAACAAGUUAGCUUUAAGAACUAACUAAACUGAAUAAAUCGAUUAUCUUUGAUUGGAAUGAGUUUUUAGAGAUGGGAUUUCCUUCACUGUAAAAAAAAAAAAAAAAGAAAAAAAAAGAAAA